AUGGUCAGUCAAGUUGUAUUUCGUCCCCCAGAACAAGAAAAAAUAUUAAACACCCCCUUCGUGGAGGAGCAGCGUUAUCAGUGGGGAUUUCGCGAACAAGCUCCGAAAAAGACCGAAGAAACGCGAAAACAUGUCGGAAGGAGGCCGAAGGUUACCGUACCGGCACCAGUGAAGCGAUAUAGACAGCUUCGACGAAACGCGAGAGAGCGCGAAAGACAAGGACGGUUGAAUAGCGCUUUUGAUGUGCUCCGCAGCGUUAUACCAGAUUAUUUGUCAGGGAAAGGCCCAGAAGGCAAGCUAACCCAAAUUGAAACUCUUAGAUUGGCGACGCAUUACAUUGAAGCGCUGUCGGAGCUACUGGAUGACAAUGACACGAAGACCAUGAACGACUUCUGUGGAUGCGGGUAUUUUAGAGACAAUCACGAACAAUUUGCUUUCAGUGACCUGAGCUGUUUAACAGAUAUUUAA